CGUCUCUUGUUUUUGAGUAAUUAGUCUUGAAAUUUGGCUGUGAACAUGGGUUUCACAUAUGGACAUGGACUAGUCCUAGUUAUGGCAGCAGCUGCUUCCAUGUUGGAAGUAAGCAUAGCCAAUAAGGACUGGGGCUUUAAGUCGAACAACACUGGCUGGGUCUGGAGCUCCAAUAACCGUCCCCUGCAUGAAACAGAAGGAACCAACAAGAUCAUUGUUGGUGGAUCAGAAAAUUGGCAGUUCGGCUUCAACUACUCCGAAUGGGCAUUCCAAAAUGCACCCUUUUACUUUAACGAUGCUCUAGGUGAGUUAACAAUAUCAUUCUUAUCCAUUUUCUUCACCCAAAAUGAAAAAAGAAAGAGGAAAGCUUACUAUAUUUUUGUUCAAAUUAACUAAUGGAUGGUUAAAUAUUGGUUUGCAGUGUUCAAGUAUGACCCACCAAGCAACACCACAUUUCCUCACAGCGUUUACUUGUUCCCUGACCUAUGGAGCUACUGGAAUUGUGACUUGAAGAGAGCAAAGAUGAUUGCAAAUGCAACCCAAGGAGGAGGGGAUGGGUUCGAGCUUGUGCUUAACAGGUGGAGAACCUAUUACUUUGCUUGUGGUGAACGUAAUGGCUUCCAUUGUAAGGUGGGCGGCAUGAGGUUCAUGGUGAUGCCACUAUUUCGUUGGCACUACUAAAAUCCAUGCAUGGAGCUGAUCGUAAAGAAUAUCGAUAUCCAAUAUUAAGUGUGUUGUUUUACCUUUUUUUACAAAAUUAAUGUAAUAACGAAUAAUUGUAAUUGUUGUGUUUAAUCUGU